AUGGAUAACCUCAGUUUGGAAGAAAAGGCAAAGCCGCAAAAAUUAUAUCCACAACCACCACCUAGUCCUCCAGAAAGUACGGUAGCAGAGCCUGAUGAGGUAUCGACAAAUUCCGUCGUAGACAUUCCCCUGCCCCCGCCAUCAGACCCUGCUUUGGUCGUCCUCGAUCUCGAUAAAAGCACUCCAGAUGCGCACGUGCCGAGAGACCCAAGGUUAAUUCGGCUCACUGGUGUUCAUCCCUUCAACGUAGAGGCACCAUUAACAGCACUUUUCAAUGAAGGUUUCCUAACGAGUCCUGAUUUGUUUUACGUCCGGAAUCAUGGAGCUGUUCCAAAUGUUCCGGAUGAAGAGUGCUUGGACUGGGAGUUCACGGUCGAAGGGCUCGUUGACUAUCCUAUGACAAUUAAGCUCAGAGAUCUGAUUUCAGAUUAUCGCAACAUAACACUACCCGUCACAUUGGUCUGUGCAGGGAACCGACGAAAGGAACAGAAUGUCGUCCGCAAAUCAAAGGGAUUUUCCUGGGGUCCCGCUGGGCUAUCAACUGCCCUGUUUACAGGUAUCGCCUUGUCGGACGUAAUAAAGAAAGCUCGACCAAAUAGGCGGGCACGGUAUGUUUGUAUGGAAGGUGCUGACAAGUUGCCGAAUGGUUACUACGGGACGUCGCUGAAAUUAAAUUGGGUCAUGGAUCCUAACAAAGGUGUCAUGCUCUCAUGGAUGAUGAAUGGAGAGAUGUUAAGGCCUGACCACGGUAAACCUCUAAGGGUAGUUGUCCCCGGGCAGAUUGGUGGAAGGAGUGUCAAGUGGCUUAAGAGGUUGAUUGUGAGCGAUGAGCCAAGCACAAGUUGGUAUCACUACUACGACAACCGGUUGCUACCCACAAUGGUGUCUCCGGAAGAAUCUGCCAACAACCCUAGUUGGUGGAAAGACGAAAGGUACGCCAUCUACGACUUGAACACUAAUUCCGCGAUUGCCUAUCCUGAACAUGAGGAACGAAUAUAUCUAGCACAGGCACCUGAAAGAUACAAAUUAAGGGGGUAUGCAUAUGGAGGUGGCGGGAGGCGAGUUACGCGAGUCGAAAUAACUCUCGACAAGGGCAAAACCUGGAGACUGGCCCAUAUCGAAUAUCCGGAAGAUAAGUAUCGCUCAGCUCCAGAUCAAGAUUUAUAUGGAGGAGCAUUGGACGUCUGGUGGCGGGAAACAUCAUUUUGCUGGUGCUUUUGGCAUCUUGAAGUACCCGUAACUGACUUGCAGGACGCAAAGGACGUGUUCGUCCGCGCAAUGGAUGAGGCACUUCAAGUUCAACCUCGAGACAUGUAUUGGUCGGUUUUAGGUAUGAUGAACAACCCCUGGUUCCGAGUUACAAUAAGUCAUGAGGGGGAAUACUUGCGAUUUGAGCACCCAACUCAGCCCGCCUUGAUGCCAGGGGGUUGGAUGGAAAGAGUUAAAAAUAUGGGAGGCAACUUGACAAACGGAUACUGGGGGGAACGAAUCGACGGCGAAGAUGCCUCCUCCGAAGUCAAUAAACAGGCACCAGCAGAAAUAAAAAUGACGAAUGACAGCGUGAACAAGGAAAUCACAAUUGACGAUCUUCGUAAACACGAUCACACGCAGGAGCCAUGGUUUGUGGUGAACGGUGAGGUCUACGAUGGAACUGCUUUCUUGAAAGAUCAUCCUGGUGGAGCGCAGAGCAUUAUCUCUGCCGCUGGACUCGAUGCUACUGACGAAUUCAUGGCGAUUCAUAGCGAAACUGCGAAACUUAUGAUGCCAGACUAUCACAUCGGAUCAUUAGACGAAAAAUCACGGAGAGUACUUCAAGAAGGAGAAAUUAACGUAGCAGCAUCAGACGAGCCAAGACCCACAUUUUUGGACAGCAAAGUUUGGAACAAAGCUGUAUUGCACAAGAAGACGACAGUAUCAUGGGAUUCUAGGAUCUUCACCUUUAAGCUUGAACACGACGAACAAGUGCUUGGCUUACCAACGGGCCAGCAUCUAAUGAUGAGAUUACGCGAUCCUGUCACACGGGAAGCCAUCAUUCGAAGCUACACGCCGAUCUCAGAACAAAGUGAAAAAGGCUUCGUUCACGUGCUAGUCAAAAUAUACUUUGACACACCAGAGAGAAAGGGUGGAAAAAUGACGACGGCCAUGGACGCCAUACCUAUUGGACAUUCUAUAGACUUUAAGGGCCCGAUUGGUAAAUUUGAGUACCUUGGAAAGGGCAGAUGCACAGUGCAAGGGCAAAAUCGAUCAGUCAAGCACUUCUUCAUGAUUUGCGGAGGCAGUGGUGUCACUCCCAUUUUCCAGGUCUUCCGAGCAGUUAUGCAAGACAAGGACGAUCCAACCUCGUGCACGGUACUGAAUGGAAAUCGCCUCGUUGAAGACAUUCUCUGCAGGGAGGAUCUUGACAAGCUUGCGAAUGACAGUCCAGAUCGAUGCAAACUCAUAUACACCCUGACGCAAGCACCGGAAGACUGGACAGGCUUGAGAGGACGCAUAGGACCUCCGCUGCUGGAGGAGCAUGUACCGCGGACGGAUGAUUCAAUGGUACUAAUUUGUGGUCCUGAAGCUCUGGAGAAGAAUGUCCACAAAAUUCUUAACAGUCAAGGUUGGGAAGACAAGGAUUUGCUGUUUUUCUAGGCACAGGUGUGCACGCAAGCAGCUGACAUCGAGCUCGAUAAGCGUGGUUAGAUC